GCACCGUUGUUCAGAACCUCUCCAAUUUGUUUCUGUUUCAACUUGUGAAUUUUAGUCUUUGCCAUGGACAAUAGCAAAGAAGGCAGGAUGAGUCAUUUUACCUUUGAUCAACUCAGUCAGAGUGGUGUAGCGUCAAACCCCUACGCUCACGACGCUUUGGUUCCACAAGACCAAUCACGCGGCGCAUCGACACCAUUCUCCUACCUACAAAGUUUGGAGGCACCAAAUCUUCAGCUUAAGGAUCACGAGCCCUAUGACAACUUGUUUGAUGGAUUAAUUUUGCCCUCCUUGCCAGAAGUCUUUACGGGCAUGGGCUCCAAUGUGAACACACGACUCGUACAUCAUGAUGCGUUUGCGCCUUUGGGUGAUAGUAAGUUGACGGCAGCACCAGCGCCAGCAAUGGCCUUACAGCCAAGACGACAGCAUCUCCAGCCGCCAAAUAUUCCCGGCUUGCUUGACUUGCUACCAAGUCCACACGAACUCAGCCAGUCACUACCACAGAGUAACGUAUUCGGAAAGCAGCAAUCAAUGAAAGAACCUGAAACCCCAGCGACAACAUUCUCCUUCCACCAAGGUCAGGCGGCACCGAUCCUUCCGCAUAGCCUAAUGCAGGAUAACCAGCAUAAUUCCAACAGCUUCAGUGAUGCAACACUCUUUCCGUUCCCGCCAGAAGUUUUUAUAGGCGUCAGCUCAUUUGGAAAUAUAGGAUUCCCUCAUGAUGUGUUUGCGCCUACUGGUGACACGAAUGCGAUGGCAGUGCCAGGCCAAGGACGACAACAUAUUCCAAGUUUACCGGAAAUGCCACCAAGUCGUCGUCACGACCUCAGUGAGCCACUUCCACAAAGCACCUUACUCGGGCAGCAGCCGUCAAUGAAAGAACCCGAUAACGCAGCGGCAGGAUUCGCCUUAAACCCAGGUCCGGCGGAACCACUCCUUCAGCCUAACCUACUCAACGACUUGAGUGAUGCAGCAAUCCUUCCCUACCUGCCAAAAGUCUCUACCGCCAUGUGCUCCGAUGUAAAUACAGGAUUACAUCAAGAUGUGUUUGCGCCAUCGCGUGGUAGCAGAGUGUUCCUAUCACCAUCACUAGCAAGGGGCCUGCAACAACAACGACAACAACAGCAAGAUCACAAGCUGCCAGAUAUUCCCAGGUUACAGGUAAUGCCACCAUAUCAACACGACUUCAGCGAGCCACUACCACAGAGUAACUUACUUGGACAGCAGCCGUCGAGUAAAGAACCUGCAAAAUCUGCCAAAGCCAAACUAGUUUGCUCGGAAGGCAAAAAGAAUUUCUCGCAUCCGUCGGACUUCAAAAGACACAUAUCGGUGCACACUGGCGAGAGGCCAUAUCCUUGCAUAGAGUGUGGAAAAACCUUCAAGAGGAAGUAUAAUCUAAAUGUGCACAAGAGAACACACACAGGUGAGAGACCAUAUGAGUGCAUAGAGUGUGGAAAAACCUUCCAGUGUAAGUGUCAUCUAACUGUGCACAAGAGAACACACACAGGUGAGAGACCAUAUGAGUGCAUAGAGUGUGGAAAAACCUUCCAGUGUAAGUGUCAUCUAACUGUGCUCAAGAGAACACACACAGGUUACAAACCAUAUAUGUGCACAAUCCCGGGCUGUGAACAGGCAUUCUCACAGUCCGGCAAUCGCAACCUGCAUGUGCUUCGCCACAAGGCGAAUAUCAAGAAGAAACACAAACCUGCCAGUGGAUGCAACUAAACAGACACUGCUCCACUGGACCAGCAUCUCCAGUUCAAACACGACAAUGUCGGAAGGAGCACCAAAUCAGAAGAUAACAGCGCCAGGAAAUGCCGUUAUAGAGGUGUACGUUUUUGGAAACAUGCUUCCUGUGUUGACGUGCACUGUGUGGAAUUUGAGCAAUAGAAUGAUCUGACAAUUGUGUGCGUGUACAUGUAGUAUCGUGGCCUAAACUGCAUUUGCUGCUGCACCCA